AACUAAAGCAAUUCUUCUAUUGCUUUAACUUGUGUUCAAAGUUUUCUUUAUCCUUUUCAUUUCAUUACGUGUAGAUAUUUUAGUUCUCUUUCCACCUAUCAUAAUAAUUCAAUCAGUCAAAAGCAAUUAAUUUCACAAAGAAUUGGUAACAAGUAUGAUCAAAACAGCACAAUUCUUUUGAUAUUAGGCAGCAUAUGUCAUAAUCUUUCAACUAAUCUUAUUUUAAAGAAAAAAUAAGGAACAAAGACUGGCCAACCCAACAGAAAAGUCAAAGAAAAAUGAAUUUGGUGGUCAACACUCGGAUAAAUCUUCCUAGUUUUAUAAAGAACAACCAGUCUUAAUCCCAUUUUCGUACUCAACCUGAUUUUUGUCAGUCACCGGAAAUCAUGGUGGAAGACGAGUACGAGAAGAAGCCUGUCGAGUUUCGGGCAAUCGAGUCCUUGGGCCAGGGAUUCGACUUUGCCAGCGAUUUCAGGCUCAAGUUCGUCAAGCGGUGCCCUUGCGGCGGCGGCGGCGGCGGAUUGCUUCUCCUAGACCACCACCGCAAGCGAGACGUCGUCGUUCCGGGAGGCCUAACCAUUCCAGAUGUGCCUGAGUGCAUACGGGUCGACAAAGGGGAUCACAUUCGCUUCAAGUCCGAUGUGCUCAAAUUCAACCAGAUGUCGGAGCUGCUCAAUCAGAAAUCGUCCGUACAGGGAAAAGUUCCAUCGGGGUAUAUGAAUGCUAUUUUCGAUUUGAGCGGAGCCUGGUUAAAUGAUGCUGGGGAUGCCAAGUAUUUGGCUUUUGAUGGCUAUUUCAUUUCUCUUUACUCUUUGCAUCUAAACACGUCGCCUUUAGUUCUUCACGACCAUGUCAAGAAAUCUGUUCCAUCUAGAUGGGAUCCAGCCGCACUAUCCAGAUUUAUCCAAACUUAUGGAACACAUAUAGUUGUGGGAAUGGCAGUUGGAGGCCAGGAUUUGCUUUGUGUUAAACAGAAGCCAUCUUCUCCAAUUCCACCAGCUGAACUCAAAGGAUAUUUGGAAGAACUUGGAGAUUGCCUUUUCUCUGAUGCUAGUAGUCCUAUAUUGGAGAGAAUGGCAAAAGAUAACAAGAAAAAGGUUCCAGAGGUGUUUAGUCGUAUGCUACAGGCACAUACGAUGCAGUUUACCAGCAUCACAGAAACAUCAAGCAAGGAUGGACUCACCCUUAUUUGGUCAAAAAGAGGAGGUGAUGUGUUUUCACAAAGUCACUCCAGGUGGCUCCAGACCAUGGCAGCAAACCCCGAAGCUGUACUUUUUAAAUUUGUACCAAUUACCUCUCUUCUUAAUGGAAUUCCGGGGAGUGGCUACCUUAGUCAUGCCAUUAACUUAUAUCUACGAUAUAAACCCACUCUAGAAGAUUUGCCAUAUUUUCUGGAAUUUCAAGUUCCGAGUCAGUGGGCUCCUUUGUUCUGUGAGUUGCCCCUUCGACAUCAAAGGAAGAUGACCUCAUUCCCUUCUAUACAAUUUAGCUUCUUAGGUCCAAAAGUUUAUGUCAGCUCCACUCAGGUCACGAGCGAUCAAAAACCAAUCACCGGCCUCCGUCUCUACCUCGAAGGCAAGAAAAGCAACCGUCUCGCAAUACACGUGCAACAUCUCUCGAGCCACCCAAGCAUCAUCACGCCAGCAGCUACUCCCACAUCACGAAAACCCCAGUGGCGAGGCUCGGACGAUUACGACUCGUGCGAACAGUUCUUCGAACCCGUGCGCUGGAAACAGUACUCUAACGUGUGCUCAUCCGUGGUCAAAUACGAUCCCUCCUGGUUAACCUCCUCUAGUGGGGGCGUUUUCGUCGUGACAGGUGCACAGCUCAUCGUCAAAGGAAAAUGGCCGAGGAAAAUCCUUCACCUCCGACUCCUUUACACACAUUUACCCAACUGCACCAUUCGCAAGACAGAAUGGGCUUCCGUGCCAGAGUCCUCUCGAAAGUCGAGUUUUUUCACGAAUCUUAGCACGACUUUCACGUUCACAGCCCAGCGGUCAGAAGCGGACCCCACGAAAAAGCAGGCCCAAGCGGCUACUCUUAACUCGGGGGUGUACCCGGACGGCCCGCCUGUCCAGGUUCGGUCUGCGAAGCUGCUGCAGUAUGUGGACACUGCUGAGGUGGUGCGCGGGCCGUACGAUGUCCCUGGGCAUUGGCUUGUCACGGCUGCUAAGUUGGUGACGGAUGGCGGCAAGAUCGGUUUGCAUGUCAAGUUUGCUCUGUUGGAUUAUUCGCAGGAUGUGUAGGUGUAUCUAAUUUUGUGUGUAUAUAGGAAUGGGGUUUUCUAUAAAUGUGUUGUUCUUUUUUCCUUUUUUUCUAUACUAUUCUUUGUGCCGAGGCGUGGAAAGAUUUGCGGUCGCGAGGUUAAAUUCUUUGUACAUGAUCCAAAUUUCUGGGUGUCAAUUUUUAUUUGGUUACCUAGCAUUUUCGUUGCAUUGACUUAGACUUGUGAGGGGUCUGGACGGAAAAACUUCAGAAGCUCAAGUUAGUACUCGCUCGAGGAAAUUAUAUGCUUAAGUAUGUGAGUCUGCGUUGUGUAUGAAAUGGAACUUUAUAUACUAGAGAUAAUUGUUAAUUACCC